AUGGAACAUAGAAGAUUGCGCAAAGGGCCGCUGCCUGGAGGUCGUCAGGGCGCGUCUGGAGCUGGCGCUGGACGCGACAGCAUGCGAACCGCCAGCCGAGCGCGAGGUGCUGCACGACCACCCAGCAGCCCCUCGCAUCCAUCAUCCCCACCAGCUUGCUUGGUGUCGGCAGGGUCUUCGCAGGCCCAGCAAUCGGCACCCGCCACUGGUGGAGUACGCCGCAUGCGAUGGACCAUCAAUAUGAAUUCAAACGCAUUGCGGGCGUAUUUUAGGGCGAAAGGGGGAGAAAUUGGAGGUUUCGCGUAUCGGGCUAGGAUGCAUCGUCUUUUUACUGAGCUGGAGCCAUCUAUUACUGUCACCGAGCAAAACCUGGCAGACCGAGUUCGGUAUAUCUUACGCUCAAAUAUAUUUGAUGGCGCCGAACUCGAACGGCUACGACGUGAGGCUGUUCCCUCAUCAAAUGAAAACGCUACGACUGAGGGUGCGGUGCCACAAGUUGCAGAACAACCCGCACACGUGGAUACCGCCGAGAAUACCCCAGUGGUUGCUGAUUCAAAUGAUGAUGGAACAUUCACCCAGGAACUAGAAAUAGAGCAAAUGAGGAGUACAUUGGAAGAGGCGAUUAUGGAAACGCGCAGUACGCCUCUCGAAAAUCGACCGCGACUUCCCCGCAUAGCCCUAAGCAAGCGGAAUCGGGCUGUCGUGAGGGCUCUGAACCCAAUGCUGGUGACCUAUUUGGAAGCCAGCCGGGACCUUUGCGAGACGGACUCAAUUCUCUUUGGCGCCGCACUGGCAGUCUGCCGUAUUAUAGGCGCCAAACUUUCCACGGCUGGACGCACUACUGGACAAAGUAGUGCUAUCCCAGCCUGGAGAACAAGAAUUGAAGAACGUAUCGCAAAGGCUAGGGCCCUCAUCGGCAGACUGAUAUGCUUCAGGUCAGGCAAUACCAGGCCAAGGAUUGUGCGCACCGUCAGGAUGGCGUUUGCUGGGACAAAUGUUAGUUUGUCCCAGCCGGAUAUAAUGCAAAAACUGACGGAGCGCAUAGACGACCUGAAGCAGAGAAUCGCUGCUUGGGGAAAGCGAAUUCGGCGAUAUACCGAGAGGUCGACACGGUUCAACCAGAAUCGUCUCUUCCAGAGUGAUCAGAAGAGGCUCUAUAAAUCAUUGGAGCGACCAAUGGUAAGUGGAACGGGCCCAGUACCGAAUCAGGCCGACACGGUCGCAUUCUGGCGCAGCCUGUGGUCAGAGCCCGUAAACCACAACGAGGGCCCUUGGACGGAAGUUGUGGCGAGUCAGUGUGCGGGUAUUACGCCCAUGGACCCCGUCACCAUAACGCCGGAUGACGUAGCUGAGGCGGUCCGUAGGGCCCCGAACUGGAAAAGUCCGGGACUCGACGGGCUGCAUCACUACUGGCUGAAGGGGUUCGUGGUGUGUCACACUGUGCUCGCCCGACAGUUUCAAGAGGUUCUCAACCAGAAGUCGCUCCCGAGCCUCUUCACUACUGGGAUCACCCAUUUGGUUCCUAAAGGCCAGAGGUCUUCGCGGGCCCAGCAAUCGGCACCCGCCUCUGGUGGAGUACGCCGCAUGCGUUGGACAACCCAGAUGAACAGCAACGCAUUGCGGGCGUAUUUUGGGGCGAAAGGGGGAGAAACUGGAUGUUUGGCGUAUCGGGCUAGGAUGCAUCGUCUUUUUGCUGAGCUGGAGCCAUCUUUAACCGUCACAGAGCAAAACCUGGCAGACCGAGUUCGGUAUAUCUUGCGCUCAAAUAUAUUUAAUGUCGCCGAACUCGAACGGCUACGACGUGAGGCUGUUCCCUCGUCGGAUGAGAAUGCUACGGCUGAGGAUGCGGCGCCACAAAUGGUAGAGCAACCCGCAAACUUGGAUGCCGCCGUGAAUACCCCAGUUGUGGUUGAUUCAAACGAUGAUGGAACAGUCGCCCAGGAACUGGAAUUAGAGCAUAUGAGGAGUACAUUGGAAGAGGCGAUUGUGGAAACGCGCAGUACGCCUCUCGAAAAUGGACCACGACUUCCCCGCAUAGCCCUAAGCAAGCGGAAUCGGGCUGUCGUGAGGGCUCUGAACCCAAUGCUGGUGACCUAUUUGGAAGCCAGCCGGGAACUUUGCAAAACGGACUCAAUUCUUUUUGGCGCCGCGCUGGCAGUCUGCCGUAUCAUAGGCGCCAAGGUUUCCACGGCUGGACGCGCUACUGGCCAUAGUAGCGCUAUCCCAGCAUGGAGAAGAAGAAUUGAGGAACGUAUCGCAAAGGCUAGAGCUCUCAUCGGCAGACUGAUAUGCUUCAGAUCAGGCAACAACAGGCCAAGAAUUGUGCGCACCGUCAGGAUGGCGUUUGCUGGGACAAAUGUCAGUUUGUCCCAGCCGGAUAUAACGCAAAAACUGACGGAGCGCAUAGAUGAUCUGAAGCAGAGAAUCGCUGCUUGGGGAAAACGGAUUCGGCGAUAUACCGAGAGGACGACACGGUUCAACCAGAAUCGUCUCUUCCAGAGUGAUCAGAAGAGGCUCUAUGAAUCAUUGGAGCGACCAAUGGUAAGUGGAACGGGUCCAGCACCGAAUCAGGCCGACACUGUAGCAUUCUGGCGCGGCCUGUGGUCAGAGCCCGUAAACCACAGCGAGGGCCCUUGGACGGAAGUUGUGGCGAGUCACUGUGCGGGUAUUACGCCCAUGGACCCCGUCAUCAUAACGCCGGAUGACGUAGCUGAGGCGGUCCGUAGGGCCCCGAACUGGAAAAGUCCGGGGCUUGACGGGCUGCAUCACUACUGGCUGAAGGGGUUCAUGGUGUGUCACUCUGUGCUUGCCCGACAGUUUCAAGAGGCUCUCAACCAGAAGUCGCUCCCAAGCCUCUUCACUACUGAGAUCACUCAUUUGGUUCCUAAAGACCAGGGGCCGCUGCCUGGAGGUCGCCAGGUCGCGUCUGGAGCUGGCGUUGGACACGACAGCAUGCGAAUCACCAGCCGAGCGCGAGAUGCUGCACGACCACCCAGCAGCUCCUCGCAUCCAUCAUCCCCACCAGCUGGCUUGGUGUCGGCAGGGUCUUCGCGGGCUCAGCAAUCGGCACCCGCCACUGGUGGAGUACGCCGCAUGCGUUGGACAACCCAGAUGAACAGCAACGCAUUGCGGGCGUAUUUUGGGGCGAAAGGGGGAGAAACUGGAGGUUUUGCGUAUCGGGCAAGGAUGCAUCGACUUUUUGCUGAGCUGGAGCCAUCUGUAACCGUCACCGAGCAAAACCUGGCAGACCGAGUUCGGUAUAUCUUGCGCUCAAAUAUAUUUGAUGUCGCCGAACUCGAACGGCUACGACGUGAGGCUGUUCCCUCGUCGGAUGAGAAUGCUACGGCUGAGGAUGCGGCGCCACAACUUGCCGCCGUGAAUACGCCAGUUGUGGUUGAUUCAAACGAUGAUGGAACAGUCGCCCAGGAACUGGAACUAGAGCAAAUGAGGAGUACAUUGGAAGAGGCGAUUGUAGAAACGCGCAGUACGCCUCUCGAAAAUGGACCGCGACUUCCCCGCAUAGCCCUAAGCAAGCGGAAUCGGGCUGUCGUGAGGGCUCUGAACCCAAUGCUAGUUACCUAUUUGGAAGCCAGACGGGACCUUUGCGAUACGGACUCAAUUCUUUUUGGCGCCGCACUGGCAGUCUGCCGUAUUAUAGGUACCAAACUUUCCACGGCUGGACGCGCUACUGGACAAAGUAGUGCUAUCCCAGCCUGGAGAAUAAGAAUUGAAAAACGUAUCGCAAAGGCUAGGGCCCUCAUCGGCAGACUGAUAUGCUUCAGGUCAGGCAAUACCAGGCCAAGGAUUGUGCGCACCGUCAGGAUGGCGUUUGCUGGGACAAAUGUUAGUUUGUCCCAGCCAGAUAUAAUGCAAAAACUGACGGAGCGCAUAGAUGAUCUGAAGCAAAGAAUAGCUGCUUGGGGAAAGCGGAUUCGGCGAUAUACCGAGAGGUCGACACGGUUCAACCAACCAACCCUUUCCGAGGCUGAAACAUACCGAUACCUGGGCGCCUCUUGA